AUGCCAAAACUUACGGGGGCCGGUUGCAUCAUGAUCCUAGUGAACGUCUGUUUCCUAGUGAGCGGUAUUAUGCUACUGCGCUAUAGCUCGACACUCGAGACAAGUGGCUGGGCUGAUGCACUUGAGGGCACGGACUAUGAAUCGUUUUCACAUACUGCUACUACGAUGUUGCAAGUACUGGGCUUUGCUGUUAUUGCUUUGGCACUUGUGGGUAUUGUGGGUGCCAUCAUUCAAAAUCGACUGCUGCUUUGGCUGUAUUCGAUUGUGAUGGUCAUUGCCAUGUCGGCGUUUGGCGUCUUGGCUGGUACAGCCUAUACGUUCCAUACCAAGAUGGCGGAAUGGGAGAAUGCUCCUUUUCCUGCUAAUGACAAAGAGACCAAGGUGGCAACGACUUUUAAUGAAGUUUAUUGCUAUGCGGAGGGAUACUAUUACUGUAACACUGCUACAGCAAAGGAGACGUAUGUAAACUUUUUCCCGAAUGCUCCGACUGAGCUUGUGAACUUGCUACCCGAUACAAAAGGUGUUCUCUCGUUAUGUGGUAAGCUUAAUGAGGCAGUGGAAGGCUUAAAUACAGUAUGUGAUGCCUGCAAGAUGUCGUCUACAUUUGCCAAGUAUGACAAGAUUUUGCUCUGGGCGGAAACAAAGUGCCCCAGGAGUGUCGUAACGAGCAAAUGGUGUGCUCGAUUCCUGGCGACAGGUGCUCCAGGUGAAGUGUACAAUGGUUCUCCAUACGGUCAGUGUCGAAAUAUUUUUCUUGACAUGGCCAUUGACUGGAGUAAAACCUUAGCGAUAGCUGGACUAGCAGUGGCUAUUGCAGCAGCUGUUCUGAUAGCGUUGACUUGCUGUGCCCGUCGUUCAAAGGAUGCUAGCCAGAGCCGUCUUUCAAAGGUAUAG